AAGAUAACGUCUGAAGGGUGUUCAUCGCAGUAUAAUGCAAGUUAUUUUCUUGGGUUUUGGUUUUUGUAUAAAAUCAUGUGUUAUUUCAAAAAGCAAUCAUUCUACUCGUUUAGUUCAAACCAAGAGAAACAUACACAAUCUAUCAACAUGAAAUUCUUCGUCUGCUUGUUUGCUGUUUUGGCUGUUGCAAAUGCUGGUCUUCUCCCCGGAAACACCGCUGUCUACAGCAGUGGAAGCAGCAUAAUUUCUAGUCCUGCUGUGUCAUACGUUCACCAAACAUCUCCAGUUAUUCACCAAACAUCUUCAGUUAUUCACCAAGCUGGUCCAAUUGUUCACCAAGCUGCUCCAAUUAUUCACCAAUCAACUCCAGUUAUUCAUCAAUCCGUCCAAGUUGUCAAACAACAUCAUCACCAUCACCACACAAUUGCUUCAGCUCCAGUUUACCAUCAGCAUUCUUCUGCCCAAAUCGUCUCCGGCCCAAUCGUUUCUGCUCCAAUCGUUUCUGCUCCAGUAUACAGUGCCCCAAUUGCUGCUCAAGUUCCUGUUGUUUCUCAUCAUCAUCAUGGAGUCUCAUACAGUGGAAUUUUGAAACAAUAAAAAAUUUAUAAAAAAUAAACAAA